GCCGCGCUGCUCCGGGCCGGCGGCGGCGGAAGGGGAGGCGCGGAGCUGCUGGCCGCGCGGCCAUGGCGGAGCGGGUGCGGGAGGAGCUCGCGGCCUUGGCUGCGAUUUUCUGCGGGCCCGACGAGUGGGAGGUGCUGAGCCACUCAGAAACAGAUGGGACCGUCUUCAGAAUUCGCUCAAAAGCCGAAGGACUUACGGAUGCGGAUGUACCCUUAGAGUUGGUGUUCCAUUUACCGGUUAGCUACCCCUCGUGUCUGCCUGGUGUCUCGGUUAACUGUGAACACCUGACCCGGGCCCAGUGCGUGACUGUGAAAGAGAAGUUACUUGAGCGAGCAGAGAACCUUGGAUCAGAACCUAUGGUUCACGAGCUGGUUCUCUGGAUUCAGCAGAAUCUCAGGUACAUCCUCAACCAACCAGAAACUGGAAGAGGCAGUGAGACGUGUGCUCUUGCAGCAAGCACGGCCGUGGAUGAUGGACUGUGGGUAACUCUUUUACAUUUAGACCACAUGAGAGCAAAGACUAAAUACGUCAAAACUGUGGAGAAGUGGGCUUCUGACUUAAGACUGACGGGAAGACUGAUGUUCAUGGGUAAAAUAAUACUGAUUUUACUACAAGGAGACAGAAGCAACAUCAAGGAGUACCUGAUUCUUCAGAAAACCUCCAAAGUCGAUGUGGACUCAAGUGGAAAGAAAUGCAGAGAGAAAAUGAUUAGUGUACUCGCUGAAACAAAAGUACAGACAGAACACAAAAGGUUUCUGGCAUUUGAAGUCAAAGAGUAUUCAUCGUUGGAUGAGUUACAAAAGGAAUUUGAAACUGCAGGACUUAAGAAGCUUUUCUCCGAAUUUGUACUUGGGCUGUUUUAUAAGGGAAGAAAUGUUUCACACAAAAUGAACUUGGCUUGCUGGAUGGAGAAAGUUAUCUAGAGCUUGAGGUACUUAUGAAAAAAUAAUUGGGACUUCUGGAAGAUAGAGGAGGUGAGGCCAAGAGCUGGGACUCCUGAAAAGCUACACUGUAGGUGUAAGAGUGAACUGUGUAUAAACCAGUUGUCCUGGACUAUGGCUAAGCUUUGAGGAUUCUGGCAAGUGCAAAAGUCUUAAACUUUGAACUUGGAUUAAGGUAGUCCAUGAUUCUCAAGUUCUCAUAUCCUUCAAACCUUUGGAGGAAGAUAUCAUCCUAGGUGUCAAAUUUUAUCUAUGAAUAAUUUUUAAAUUCAAUAUCCAGCUAACAAUCAGGGGUAAUUGGACUCAUGAAGAGACAAGAUACUAUGAGUGAGAAACAGCAGAAACAGUAGAUGACAGAAAUAGACCCCCAGGGACUCCAGAUGCUGGAAUUAUCAGACAUAGAUCAUGAAACAGUUACACGUAAUAUCUUCGUGGAGGUAGAAGUCAAACUUGAAACUGGAGUUAGAAACUGUGAAAGGUGACAUGGCAUAUUUGAAAAACAACAACAACAAAAUAAAGCAAAUAGGAAUUCUAGAACUGAAAAAUGCAACAAUUCAAGGGGCAGUUAAUUAGUCAAAGUCCAACUAGGAAAUCAGACAGUAUUUCAAACAGUAAAUUUCAAACAGAAAUUGGUGACAAAUGAGAAGAUCUGGAAGAACAAAAUGGGGAAGGAACAGGGCUGGAUGACGGAAGGAACAGGGGAGGGCAACGGCAGUUCAGAAACUGCUAAGAGCUGUACCUGCUGCUGCCCUGUUGGAGACUGCUGUCAUUGGUGCUAGAUCUGCUGCGGUGGUCCAGCCUUCCCCUAAAAUUGAUGAUGGGCAGGGUCUCUGACCUGUUGGAGUUCAGAACCACUCCACCGCUGCUGCCACAGCAACAACUACCAGCGACGACCACAGUGCUGCAACCUGUACUGCCUUCUGACCUCCAGCAGUGCUUCCUAUUGAGCAAACCUAACAGGAAUCCAGCUGGCAGAGAAGUCUGGGAAAUUUGGGUUGCAUAUCCCAACCCCAGGAGAACAGAGCAGAAUAUAGGAGGAUGGUAGUGUGUGUGUAUGGAGAGAGGGGAGAGGGAGCUGAGCGCCUAUAGUAAGUAACCAGCAUAACCUUCCGUUUUAGCUGUUAAGCAUCCACACACCACCUUCUGCCUGUAUUUAAAUUUCUGUACAACAACAACAGUUUUCUGCUUCUGUCUAUGCAGAUUUAACUGUCUUUUGUACAAAUGAAGAAACUCUCACCUACCCCCAAAGGGGAGAAAUAAAGUCGCAUCAGUUUUUAUUAUC